AUGGCUGCGGUGUGGCGCGCUUCUUUGACCGCUGCGACAGUGCUGCUGCUGCUGCUGCUGCUGCUGGAGUCGUGUGUGGGCGGCGGAGCGCCCGUGGUGCGGACUCGCCAGGGCGCCGUCAGGGGGACCGCCCAGCUGUCCAGCAGUGGGCGCCACACGCUGGCCUUCCACAACAUUCCUUACGCGAAGCCACCCGUAGGGCCAUUGCGGUUUAAGAGUCCUCAACCACCGGAAGAGUGGGAAUACAUCCGUGAUGCCACAACUCCUGGGCCUUCGUGUUCACAGUUCUCAUUAGAUGGGUUGGAGGGAACCGAGGACUGUCUGUACCUCAAUGUAUUCACACCAGAGUUACACCCUACGGAGCUCCUUCCGGUAAUGGUGUGGAUUCACGGUGGUGGUUUCAUGCUAGGCAGCGCCACAACCUAUGAAUAUAGAUAUCUUAUAGACUACGACGUAGUUGUUGUCUCUAUUAACUAUCGUCUUGGUCCUCUAGGCUUCCUGAGUACAGGCGAUGAGGCUUCUCCUGGAAAUUAUGGCUUGAAAGACCAGGUAGCAGCGCUUAGGUGGGUUAAAGAGAACAUUGAAGCGUUCGGUGGCGAUCCUGGGAGCGUCACCAUCUUUGGGGAGAGUGCUGGUGGUGCGAGUACUCACUACCUCAUGCUGUCUCCGCUGGCCAAAGGUCUUUUCCACCGGGCGAUAUCCCAGAGCGGCGUAGCGCUGUCGCCGUGGGCAGUUUCUCAGACCGACGGUGUGCAGAAUGCGCGAAAGUUGGCUGCCCUGAUGGAUUGUCCAACGGAGCCCAGUGCAGCGCUGGUUGACUGCCUCAGGAACGUAGACGACUACAAGCUUGCCGGGGCUCAGACUCAAUACGCGGAGUGGGGCAUGUAUGCUCCUCUCAUACCAUUCCGACCAGUUGUGGAGGCUGAUGGACAGGACACGUUUCUACCAAGGCAUCCAGUUCAUCUACAGCCCCACACUGCUGUUCCAUGGCUGUUAGGGGUCACUAAAGAAGAAGCAAGCUUCUUUGCAGGAGCUAUCCUCGGAAACGACACGAUGACGCAAGAGUUACAGCAGGAGAGCAAGAGGCUGCUUCCUUUAGUGUUAUCUUACGACUCGUCGCAGCAGGCGGACUUUAUAACCGAGAAAAUUAACGACUUCUACUUCCCCUCUGGGGAGAUUACUCCAGACAAACUAACACAAUUAUUUUCGGAUGCCUUCUUUGUCUGGAACACAGAUGAAGCUAUUAGGAAGUACAAAGACACAGCUCCGGUCUAUUAUUACGUAUUUUCAUAUAAAGGGAACCUGCGGAUGCAUCAUGUGUUUGGAAUAAAAGAUUUAGGUAUUUGUCAUGGAGAAGACCUGUUAUAUUUAUUUUCAAACAACACAUACCUUCCAAUAAUUGGCGAGAGGCCCGAGAACGACAUUCAGAUGGUUAAAAUCAUGACUAAACUGUGGACGGACUUCGCAAGAACUGGAAAUCCAACACUAACUGACGAGCUGGUGAAUUGGCCGAGAGUGACUUCUGACGACCUGUUGGAAUAUCUGGAUAUAGGCCAGACACUACAGGUGAAGAAAGGGCUCUUCCAAGAGCGAGUAGACUUCUGGAGAUCGCUGCCUCUCAGAGAAACACAGCAUCAGAGCAAAGUCAGAGAGGAACUCUGAUUUUAGAUAAAAUGGAAGCCGAUUUUACACUAAAAUUUUCUUGAAACAAGACUGUAUACAAGAAGUUUAACGCUGUGUUUGUUAUUCUCUUUGAAUGUACAUGUCACUGUCUUCAGAGAAAUACCAAGUGCCUACAGAAAAUGAUAAA